AUGCAAGAACAGGAGUCAUCGGAUAAUCAAAAUUUACUGAUUUCUGAUGAAAAGCAAUUUUCUUUAGAAUAUAUACCGUUUAAAAAAAGGAAAUUAUUUGUACAUAAACAUACAUUGAGAGAAAAUGAAGCUUCAAACACAAAUGGUAAAAAUUGGACUAAAAACCUGGAUUUCACACCAAUAUCGGAAAGCAAAGAAACUGAAAAAUACUCUGGUGAAGAAUCUGAAGAAGAAAAGGGAUCAAAAAGAGGAGGAACAGAGGGAGGAGGAAGAGGAAGAGGAGGAGCACGUGACUACACAUAUUCUAUAAAUGUUUUGAGUUUAGUAAAUGAUCAAGCAAAACAUGAAAAUAUGCAAAUUAAAGAAAAUAAUCUUAUUGGUUCCGUCACAGGUUCUAUUAAUUCAGCCCUUUCCCCUGUAAAGGACUCUCCUAAGGCUAUAGUUUACAAAUCUCCAAUUGAUUCAAUUUACAAAAUCCCAUCUAAAUACCUAACUAUUGAUCCUAAUGUUGUUGAUUCAGUCCGAAACGCACUAGUAAUCGAUGUUUCAGGGGACCAGGUUCCGCCUCCAAUUCUGACCUUUGAGGACAUGAAGCUUCCAAGGCCUAUAUUAAAGGCUUUAAGGCAUAAAAAAAUAUUUGAACCCACUAAAAUCCAGAUGCAAGCGAUGCCUGCAGUCUUACUAGGAAGAGACGUUAUAGGCAUAUCCCCAACAGGGACUGGAAAGACUCUUGUUUUUGUUAUUCCAAUGAUAAUGCAGUCAUGGGAAAUUGAGCUCAGACUUCCAAUUGAGCCUAGAGAAGGGCCUUUUGGACUUGUAAUUUGCCCUUCUAGAGAACUGGCUUCGCAAAUUUAUGACAUAACCAAGUACUUUGCUGAAUAUAUUUCUAAGUAUGAUCGGCCUAAGCUUUAUUGUGCAUGUGUUAUUGGAGGAACAGGCAUUAAAGAUCAGGAACAUUCCAUUAAAUCGGGAGUUCACAUGGUCAUUGCCACUCCAGGCAGACUUAAUUACUUCCUAAAUUCCAGAAUUAUCAAUUUAACACAGUGCAGAUACCUCUGUUUUGAUGAAGCCGAUAGGAUAAUAGAUUUGGGGUUUGAUAGUGAAAUAAAGAGUAUAUUUAGCCACGUUAAUAACCAGCAUCAGACAUUGCUUUUUUCAGCCACAAUCCCAAGUAAAAUCCAAGAAUUUGCUAAAUUGACACUGACGAACCCAAUUGUGGUCAACGUUGGAGUCUCAGGAUCAGCCAACAAGAAUGUAAAGCAGGUCGUAGUUGCAGUUCCAAAGGAGUCAAAGCUUCCAAUGUUGCUUCAGUGCCUUAAGAAAACACCGCCGCCAGUGCUGAUUUUCUGUGAAAAUAAGGCGGACGUCGAGAUUAUUAACGAGUACCUCAUUCUUAAAGGAGUUGAAGCAUCGGCUAUCCAUGGAGGCCUUAGUCAAGAGGAGAGAAUAGAAUCCAUUUCAGACUUUAAGAACCAUAAAAAGGAUGUGUUAAUAGGCACCGAUAUAGCCUCCAAGGGACUAGACUUCCCCUCAAUACAACACGUAAUCAACUUUGACCUGCCCAGAGAUAUGGAAAACUAUGUGCAUAGAAUAGGUAGAACUGGAAGAAGAGGAGAAAAAGGGCUUGCAACAACACUGUUGGAUGGGUCAGAGGACGCUAGCUCCCUUAUAAACUUGAAGUGCAUACUAAUUGAGUCUGAGGAGGAAAUGCCAGAAUGUUUGAAAAAUAUACAUGUGAGUGAAGACGCACUCAAUAUAAAUUGUUAAAAUGAAUAACAAAACAGGGAAUCUGUGGUUUUAAAGCCUGUUGAUAUUGCAAAACGCCGGGUCACAGAAUCUCACAAUCCCCAAAGUUCGAAACUGAAUUAGAUAAAUAAUCAUUGAAACAAAGAUGGUGGAUUUGAGUGAUAUGGUUUUAAAGAAAUCUUGUAAAAUAAAUUUAUUUUCAUAAAUGGUG